AUGUACAGAAUAGACGUUUCAGAUUUUUAUGACUUCCAAGCGUUCAGAAAUAUGUGUCCAUUUCGAGACUAUAACAAAGCAGUCGAAAAUUUGAAACGUUUAGUCAUUUAUGUUGACUCUGCCCCAGAAUGUUAUGUCAUGAAAGAAUGGGAUGUUGUCUUUAACAAACCAAGAGCGACAAUAGUUUCAGAACAAGAAUGUAAACAGAAACUUAAGAAAAUAAAAGUCGUACAAGUUGGUAUGAAGAUGUUAGAUGCUUGGGAUAUCUUAUUGUCAAAGUUAGAAGAUUUUUCAGUUCGUGGUAUAA